AUGCGUAUUUCAGGACGUGCGUUGGCUGUCGCUGGGCUUGUCAUCCAGGCGUACGCCUCGCCUCAAACCACGGAAUCGGUCGCUGCCCCAAAUUAUGUUAACCAGCCGGAGAGAGCCAACGCCGUAAAGGAGGCUUUCCAGCGCUCGUGGGAUGGGUACCGAAAGUUUGCGUUUCCAAACGAUACCCUGUUGCCCGUGUCGAAAUCGUCCGACAAUGACAGAAACGGCUGGGGCGCCAGCGCAGUGGACGCCUUGAGCACUGCCAUCAUCAUGGAGAACAAGGACGUUGUCGGCCAAAUAUUGAAUUUCGUGCCCAACAUCAACUUUGACGUAACAGAUAGCGAGGUUUCUGUGUUUGAAACAACCAUCCGAUACUUGGGAGGCUUAUUAGCUGGACAUGACUUAUUGAAAGGGCCGCUUAAAGACGUUGCAGAUAACAUCACCGGCGUGGAUGCGCUGCUCACCCAGGCAAAGCGGCUCGCAGAUAACCUUAAAGUUGCUUUCGAUACUCCCACUGGAGUGCCGGACAACACUCUUGUAUACGAUCCGAAGCCGCGCAGAAAUGGCUCGGAAACAAACAGCAUCGCCACCAUCGGAACUUUGGUGCUCGAGUGGACUCGUCUGAGCGAUCUUACCGGGGACAAGCAAUACGGUGAACUGUCACAAAAAGGUGAAGACUUUCUUCUGAAGCCCAACGAAGAGGUGUUCCCUGGUCUGCUGGGAUCGGAUGUCUUCAUUGCCAAUGGCACGUUUGCAAACCGCUUUGGUGGCUGGAACGGAGGAACUGACAGCUUUUACGAAUACCUCAUCAAGAUGUGGGUCUACGAUCAAGACCGUUUCUCUCUCUACAGAGACCGAUGGGUUGCAGCUGCCGACUCUUCAAUCAAGUUUCUCGCGUCAAGCCCAACGACACGACCUGACCUGACCUUCCUGGCCGCCUACAACAACGCGAAUCUGAGGUUUAUCAGCACCCAUCUGGCAUGUUUUGAUGGCGGCAACUUCAUUCUAGGCGGUCUUGUGCUCAAGGAGAAAAAGUACGUAGACUUCGGCCUCAAUCUGACCGCGGCUUGCCGUGAGACGUAUAAGCAGACAGCAACUGGAAUUGGCCCAGAAAUAUUCCGCUGGCAAGAUGACCGGCCGCCAGUCAACAAGACCCUAAACCCCGACCCGCCCGCCAACCAGACCGAGUUCUACCAGCGUGCUGGUUUCUGGAUCACGAACGGCGGGUCAGGUUACGUUCUCCGCCCUGAGGUCAUUGAGAGUUACUACUAUGCAUAUCGCGCGACGGGCGACACCAAGUAUCAGGAUUGGGCGUGGGACGCCUUCCUGGCCAUCAACAAGACCUGUAAUGUCGGCGAUGGCUUCUCGGGCAUCGCAGACGUCAACAAUCCCAAGGGUGGGAUGCCCGACGACUUUCAGGAGAGCUUCUGGUUCGCGGAGGUGCUCAAGUACAGCUACUUGAUCCAGGCCACGGACGCCAAGGUCCAGGUCGAAGUUGCGGACAACAAGUGGGUGUUCAACACCGAAGCGCAUCCGUUUCGAGUAGGGUAG